AUGCAUUGCGUUUGCACAGAGCCUUCCGUGUCCUGCUCGGAGACUGGCACACGAUCAGGCACGUACGUGGCUGGUUCGCCUGCCGCGGCUGCGUUGCCCUACCGGGCGCACUGGCGCGGACCGCGGAGCUCACCGCCAUUGCCUCGCCCGUCUCGUUCUGUAUGUACAGCGGCCAGGACUGAAGCAGACACAGCCCGGCUAGCUCAGUCGCCUCUGCAACUGAGGGAGCUCUACACUGAACUAAAGCCAUUGCUCGCUAUUGACUUUGCAGCAAACCUGCCCCAAGAGCUGGUGGAGAAAAUCUUUUCAUAUCUUUCCGCAGAGGAUCUAUUCCGGGUAGCACACUGUAACAAACUAUGGCGGGAAAUGUCAAACACUGACACUCUAUGGCAGCCACUGUGUGCACUUCAGAAUUGGCUUCACUUUCACACUGACCAGCAACUCUUCACAAAGAGUCACUACAAUUACAGUCUAACAGGACUCACAUCUCCCAGAUACACAAGUGCUGAUUGUUCUAAUUUCCCAUCCCUGGCCCCAACUUGCUACUGGAAGGAAAUUUACAAGCGAGCGUGUCACCUGAAGCAAAACUGGAUAUUGGGCAGGUAUACAGUUUUGCGUUCACUUCGAGGCCAUAAGGAACGAGUAGCCUGCAUUGACUGUGAUGGGAAACGAUUGGUCAGUGGAAGUACAGACAAAACUGCCCGUGUGUGGGAUGUGGUCACUGCGGAUUGCCUGCACAUCUUGGACAGCCACACAGAUGCCGUCACAUCGGUUUGCAUUAAGCACGAGGUCAUCAUAACAGGAUGUGCGGACAGUCUGAUUCGAGUCUUCCAGACUGAAACCGGGGUGUGUCUUCGAGCACUGAUGGGUCAUAUUGCAGGGGUGGAUCACCUUUGCUUUGAUGGAACCAGCGUGGUCAGUGCGAGCUUGGACAGAACCGUUCGAGUUUGGUCAAUCCAGGAUGGUCGUUGCAGGAGCAUUUUCAGAGGCCAUGACGAUGAUAUUCAGUACUUGACUAUGAAGGACCAUUUAGUUGUCAGCACAUCCUGGGACUGCACAGUACGAAUGUGGAAUCUAAGACAAGGUCUAUGUACAGCUGUACUGAAGGGUCAUUCCGAAGUGGUGAACUGCUGUCAUUUCGACUAUCGCUAUGUGGUGAGUGGAGGAGGGGACUGCUUAGUGCUGAUCUGGUCAACAGACAAUGGAAAAUUGCUGUAUAAAUGCCAAGGACACACUGGGGAUGUGUACUGUUUGCUAUUUAACAAGACAGUGAUCUGUUCUGGUUCAUCAGACAGCACCAUCAGAGUCUGGGAUUUUACAGGAACAUGCCUCUUUACCUUGAGAAAGCACAUUGGGGUGGUGAGGUGUCUACAUUUGGAUGGAAAUAAACUCAUUAGCGGAGGAGACAGAAAGAAGAUAUUAAUCUGGGAUGUCAUGGAACGCAAACUCGUGAGUGAGAUUCACAGAAACCCGUCUUUCCUGCACAAGUUCUGGGUUAAUGAAACUAAGAUUAUUGCAGCCUCUCCCGAAUCUCCAGGGGCUUUAACUAUUUUGAGCUAUUGGUAA